GCGAAACACUAUAGUAACGACAUCUACAUUGUCGUACUACGGUGUUUCCAUCGUCUCUAUGAUAUUCUCUAUUAAACCUAUUAUUUAUAAAAAUUAAAAUAACAAAGGUGACAAUGGCGAGUAAAAAAUUCAACAAAAUAAUUAAAGUAUCCCAAUUAUUUCGUUCAUCGCUAACUACAUUACCAGAUACAUUUGAUAAGACUGAAGUAGUUUCUAAGGGUUAUGUGAAUAUGGUCAGUAAUGGUAUAAUUAAACCAGUUAAUAAAGGGAUGCACGUGUUAUUACCAUUAGGAUAUCGAAUAUUGAAUAAACUUUCAACAAUUAUAGAUAAAGAAAUGACGAAGAUUGGUGCUCAAAGAAUAUUGUUACCUGCAUUAACGUCAACUAAAUUAUUUCAAAAAACUAAUAGAUAUGAUUCAGAUAAAAGUGAAUUGUUUACACUUAAGGACAGAUACAAUAAAGAAUUCGUUCUUGGUCCAACUUUUGAAGAAGCUAUAUGCAAUCUGAUCAAAAAUGUGGGACCAUUGACUCCAAAAAUGUUACCUCUCAAAUUAUAUCAAAUUUCUAGCAAAUGGAGAGAUGAGAUGAGACCACGUUUAGGUUUGUUAAGAAGUAGAGAAUUUAUUAUGAAAGAUUUGUAUACGUUCAAUCUUAAUAUGGAUGAUGCCAAAGAUACGUAUAAUAUUGUAUGCGAGGCUUAUAAUAAUAUAUUUAAUCAAAUUGGAAUAGAAUAUAUCAAAGCGGAAGGUGAUACUGGAACCAUUGGUGGUUGUUUAUCCCACGAAUAUCAUUAUUUGUCUAACAGCGGGGAAGAUAUUGUUCUAUCGUGUCAAUCUUGCAAUUAUCGUGUGAAUAAAAAUAUAUCUACGCAAUCUGAAUGUCCACACUGCAACACAGAAUUACAAGCACAUAAUGCAAUUGAGGUUGGACAUACUUUCCUCUUAGAUACAAAGUAUUCAAAACCAUUUAACGCAGUAUAUAGAGAUCAAAAUAUAGAAGAACCUCUUGUAAUGGGAUGUUUUGGAAUUGGUUUAAGUCGUAUUAUGGCUGCAUCAGCUGAAAUUUUGUCAACUAAGGAAGAAAUCAAAUGGCCUAAGUGUAUAGCACCUUUUACAGUUUGUAUUAUUCCACCGAAGCAAGGAAGCAAAGAGGAAUCUGCAGCGUCUUAUAUUGAACCAAUAUACGAUAUUUUAUGUAAAUUAGGUAUAGAUGCAAUUCUUGAUGACAGAACUAAUUUAACAAUAGGUAAACGUUUAUUAUAUGUACGAACCACUGGAUAUCCUUAUGCUAUAAUCCUUGGUAAAACUGUAAUAUCAAAAUCAGUGUUUGAACUAUAUGACGUUUAUAAUGAUAAAUAUCAUGAAGUUACUUUAGAAAGUAUGACUGAUUACUUCAUGAACAGCGAUGUUAAGGAAUCCGAAAAUAUUUUAUUACAAGAAAAUAGACUGUAGUAUCUUGAUAAAAAUGUUGUUUUCUUUUGUACAUAUAA